CACACACACACACACGAGGUGCAAGUCAUUGGCGUGUUUGACCUCAACUCACCUCAAACCCAAAAACAAAAACAGCGUUAUGUUAUACUGUCACACACGACACAAAUAACAACACUUCUGUCUUCUGCAACCUCAGAUUUCAUUCUCAACUUUUCCUUGUUCUGCAAUCUUCCAACUUCUUCUUUAUGCUAAAUAUUUCUCUCCUUGCUCUGCCUCUUUCAUCAUCCGUACCACGUUUCAGUACCUUCAGAGAUGAGAAGAGCUCAUGGGAAUGAUGGCAGAGCUUCUGUCACCAAUACUUUGGACACUAUAAACGCUGCUGCUUCUGCCAUAGCCUCUGCUCACACCCACAAUCGCACUUCUCACCAUCCUCUUGAGAAAAGAUGGAGAAGCUGGUUGAACAUAUCCGGGUGUUUUGGAUAUCACAACAAGAACGCAAGGCGCGUUGGGGACGCUGUCUUUGUUCCAGAAACGACGACUGCCGGAGCAAAUCCUUCUGCACCUGUUAGCUCAACUCAAAUAGCACCUAGCAUAACACUUCCAUUCAUUGCACCUCCCUCAUCUCCUGCAUCUUUCUUUCAAUCAGAGCAUUCCUCGACUGCACAAUCACCAGUUGGCAUAUUCUCAGUCACUUCGGUGUCCGCCAGCAUGUACUCUCCUAGUAACCCUGCCUCAAUCUUUGCCAUUGGCCCUUAUGCCAAUGAAACCCAAUUGGUUUCACCACCAAUUUUCUCAGCAUCAUCCACUGCUCCUUUCACUCCGCCUCCUGAGUCGGUUCACUUGACCACACCUUCUUCACCUGAAGUGCCAUUUGCUCACCUACUUGACCCCAACAACAACAGGAAUGGUGGUGAGACUUAUCAGAGGUUCCAAAUAUCUCACUAUGACUUCCAAUCUUAUCAGUUUCAUCCCGGAAGCCCGGUCGGUCCACUCAUAUCGCCGAGAUCCGCCAUCUCAGCUUCCGGCUCCUCAUCUCCUUUCCUUGACUCCGAGUUUCAUGCUGGUGACUUUAGAACAACAGAACCAGUCAAGCUUAUUAGCUUGGAUAAACUCUCAUCAGCUUAUGAAAAGCAAAACCAAAAGUCAAAUCAAGGUUCUGGUUCUCUAACCCCAGAUGCUGGUUUUCUUCCAAAACACUGGGUUUCUGAGAUCAAAAUGUCCCCGCGCCCAAGCAAUAAUCGCGCGAGUGAGAUUAGCUUAAAUCACCGAGUCUCAUUUGAAUUAUCUGCACAAAAAGUACUGAGAACUGUGGAAAACAAGCAAGCAGCUUCAUCAUGGUCUAAAGUUGUGCCAAAAUUGAAAAAUGAUGCAGCAACAGAAGACAAGGAAGAAAAUGCAAGAGAAACUGAGGGGAAUGACAAACAAGUUGUUGCUGAAACUCCCAAUGGAGAUGAUGCAAAAGCUCAUAAGAGGAAUGAGUCCAUAACCCUUUCUUCAUCAUUUGCUAGAGAAUUCAACUUUGAUAAUGCAGAGGGGGGAGAUUCUAAUGCUCCCCAUAUUGUAGUUGCUGACUGGUGGGCUAAUGAGAAAGUUGCCGGGAAGGAGGGAGCAGAGUCCUCCAAGAGUUGGUCUUUCUUCCCCAUGAUUCAAUCUGGUGUCAACUAGCUCCCGUUUGAAUACAGGCUUAUUGGAGCUUAUCUACCGGAAAGAGCACUGAAUAAGUUCCAAUCGGUGCUGUUUGGAAACAAUCCAAACGGAUUGCUAACCAAAUACUUGCAUAUAGUGGCUUCUUGUUCAGAGUUGCAAGAAUUUGGCAUUGGUUUUUUGAUUUUGUGCCAUGCUUCUACUUAGCAGAACCUACCCGCACAAGUUCAAAAUUGAAUGGUGGUUGAUCAAGAAUUCAAGAUUUCUAAGUCUAAUUAACACGUUGAUGGGGUUCUUUUUUGAAGUCAAUGGCCCCCAAAAAAAAUCAUGGAGUUUGCAGAAUACUAUAUGUUUAGUAGAUUUGUAGUUCUUACUAAGUAUGAGUUAGAAUAGCUGUACAUUUUUAGAAUCUGUACUCUGUUGAUCUCAUAUGUACUUCAGUUGACAACAACUUAGUGAUGCCAGUUAUAAUAAGGAAAAAGUUUGAUUCA